GUUUAAGGGUAAGCUGGAAUUCCACGAGGUUAUUCAUUCAGGUGUGAACACAGGAUCAAGGGACAACAGUCGAGAAGUUGAAAGGUAAAAUUUGGAGUUUAUUAUCGUAAAUUUGGAAAUGUUAAGGCUGUUAGGGGUUACGUAAAUUUAGUUUUAUUGUUUUAUUACAAAAAUAUAUAAUAAGUCGAGUAUGUUUGAAAGGGCGAACAUAAAAGGGGGAAACAUAUAUAGCGACAAUAUAAAAAAAGGGAAUAUAACUGAUUUAUAAAGCUGUAUUGGAGAAAAGGUGUAAAUUGCAAAAAGAAUAAGAAGAAGGAAAAGACGGAAGCGUAGGAGGGAUUGAAACAAAAGAAAUAAUAUGUAAGAAUGUACGUAAAUGUUUUUUAUCAACAAAUGAAUGUGAUCUAGUUGCAAGCAAGGAUUUGUUUAUGUAAUUUAAUAUCGUAAAGUGAGACGAGUAAAUCAUAUGAUACAGAGUAAGAAAGUUGUAGUUUGUUAGGGUAGUAGGAUUUAGGUUAUUGGAUAACAGUAAGAGUGAAUAAUUAUUUCAGAUGUGGGACGGAGACGACAAGAAGUUCAGCGAGGAGUACGAGGACGAUUUUGACUAUAGUGAAGGGGCUGGGGGUGAAGGGGUGCCAGAGAAAGAUGUAAUUCAGAAACAGAUUGUGAAGAUAAAGAAUACAGUGAAUGUAGCUGUAAAUAAUUAUGUAAAUACCAUGAAUGCAAUGAAGGAGGAGUUGUUGGCAAAGGAUGAGGGAGUGAUGACUGAAGGAGUACAAGAGGUGAUAACUGGGAGUAGAAUGAAGGAGCGCCUAGCAACGAAGUUACAGGAAGCGGUUACAGAGGGAGUUCAAGUGAUGAAGAAUUCAAUGGAAUAUGUCAACGGAACUACUAUUAGUGAAAUAGAUAAACAGAUGGUGAACAUAAUUGGGGACAGUAAGAACGCGACUUUUGCAGUACAUGAGCAUUUAUGUGAGAACAAGGAGGAAGGCACAUCAGUGAAUGUACAGAUAGUGCUGAUAAUUGGUGGUAUCGUCAUUGGAGUUGUUAUGUCUAUAAUGGUGUAUUUCUGCGCGAAAUAUUUAAGGAGAGGAGGAAAAAUGGCAGGACCUGAAGCUGUGUGGAGGAAAGAGCAGGGGUGUCUGAGAUCCUGUGUAGGAGAUAUGAAGGUUUGUAGUAAAUUAGAAUAAAUUAGAUAGCUGAGGAAUUAUAGAAUAUAAAGGUUGAAGGUAGGGGAGGGAAGGAUAUAGGAACAGUAGAAUUUUGAUGUGUGAGAAAUUUUUUGAAAUAUUUAAAGGGAUGCAAAAAUAUUUAAG